GGGUUCCCUAAGUCUGCGAGCUGCAGAGGAGCUCACAGCUCAGACACUGCUCUGAGACUCCUGCCUGUUCUGUCCCAAGCUGUCAGGCUGUGUUCUGGGAGAAGGUGGAGGGACGGAGAGCGACCUGGGAGCACCAGAGCAAGCUGUCCUGGUAACUGAACCCUUCGAAUUUAGCUUCAAUGUACUCGGAGAUCCAGAGGGAGAGGGCAGACAUUGGGGGACUCAUGGCUCGGCCAGAGUAUAGAGAGUCAUGGAAUCCAGAGCUCAUCAAACCCAAGAAGCUGCUGAACCCUGUGAAGGCCUCUCGAAGCCACCAGGAGCUACACCGGGAGCUGCUCAUGAAUCACAGAAGGGGCCUGGGUGUGGACAGCAAACCCGAACUGCAGCGGGUCCUGGAGCACCGUCGCUGGAAUCAGUUGAUCAAGAAGAAAGAGGAGGAGCUGGAGGCCAAGCGGCUUCAGUGCCCCUUCAGGCAGGAGCUGCUGAGAAGGCAGCAGAGAUUGAACCAGCUGGAAAACCCACCACAGAGGGAAGAGGACCACGCCCCUGAGUUCAUCAAAGUCCGGGAAAACCUGCGCAGAAUCGCCACGGAGGAGAGAGCACUAAACCUCUUGGGACUAGUUCCACUGCAGGGCCUGUAUCCUCUUCUGCGGACACUCUGAUGCUGCCCACCUGAUCCCAGUCUGGAACUGGAAUUCUUCAUCAUUGAUCCCACUCUCUGGUGCCAUGUGUUGCCUUUCCCUGGAUUAGUGCACAGACCUCAUCCCUGUCACUGCCUUUGUCCCCCGCCCCUCCCCCUCGUGCUUCCUCAGUAAAGCAGCAAGGUCAGCCCUGUUACAGUUUUAAGCAGAUCUUGCCACCCUUCACAGAGCCCUCUGCUGACUUUCAGGGGAGGUUUCAAGCAAUCUGGAAGGUUCUAUGUGCCCAGCUCCCUCUCUACCCUGACCUUCCACUGUGGCAGUCAGCCUGGCCUCCUGCACUGCCCAGAAGCUCCACCUCACUGCCUGCUCCUCAGCUGCUACUGGCCAGGAAUAGGCUUUCCUCAGGAGCCAGCAGCCAAGAUUCAUUUUCUUCAAGGUCCCACCCCCAAAUAUUUCAAAAAAAAAAUAGAGCUCCAGCAGAAAUAUUGGUAUCUACAUCCUACAAAAGUAGGUAAGCAUGGACCAUCUCAAAUGCAUCAAAAUGGUAUACCGAUCAUUUGGAACCCCUGGAGCAACUAUUCACGGGCGUCUACCCAAGCACAUGCACUUCAGGACAGCUAUGUAAGCAGCCCAACACAAAGCCAUAAACUUACUUAAAACAUGAGAUUUUCUUGGGUGUAAAUUUUCUUCUAACUCCAUUGUGUGGUUCUCCAUCAUGAACUGCAGAUGGUAACAAACAUAUCAUAGUGUCCAAAGGUUGGACCUCCCUGACAGCCACAGAAAGGGCCAUUUGACCCGUCUUUUUUAACAAGCAGGUUAAAGGUUCCAUGGGGAAAUAGUUUUCCCACAAAACACCAGCACCUGGGCUGUCCCGAGCCUGAAUAAUUAAUUUCUCUUCCGCCACCGUAUAUGGUCUCCCGGAUAUCUUCCAGUGACAUCUCUAGAGUUUACUGCCCCGAGUCCAGAGAUCUGUGCCCCAGCAGACUUCACAGGCUAGUGUAUUUUGUACGGAAAGGUGUAGAGGCAUCAUGCUUUAGUCAUUUCUUCACACUUCCCUUUCUUGUGGAAAUGCUCACGUGCGUGGAAAGGUAAUAAAUGGUGUGGGUUUUCUCUUCUGAGUCUUGUAUUAACUCAGUUCCAACUUCUCCACUGUCACUGAAAUUCCAAUCAGCCAACACUGUGUUAUAGCCACAGCCAUCCAGGGACUUUCAAACCUGAGUGACUAAGACCCAGGAACACAGAUUCCAGUUACCCCAAGCUCCAUGUACCCCAGCUGUAACUCAUUCUUGUAAGCAGAAGAAAGUAGCUCUGCCUUCAUGGGCCUCGACAAAGCCUAGUACUGCCACUUUUUUAAAAAAGAUUAAUUAAUUUAUUUAUUAUGUAUACAGUGUUCUGUCUGCAUGUAUGUCUGCAGGCCAGAUCAGAAGAGGGCACCAGAUCUCAUUUCAGAUGGUUGUGAGCCACCGCGUGGCUUCUGGGAAUUAAACUCAGAACCUCUGGAAGAACAAUCAGUGCUCUUAACCGCUGAGAUAUCUUUCCAGUCUCACCUCCACUUUUUUAUAUGGUAGUUUAAAUCCUCAGGAGUGAAUAGUAAAGUUGCCUUUCUGCUGUUAUCAGGUUUACAGGAAAUGAGAUCCUUUCUCACUGGCCCCCGAAGCUGUUAAUCCCCGUUGUCCAAUUUCAAAAAUCAAAACCUUAAGGAUCCAGACAAGGAAUAAAGGACUCCAAAUAUUUUUGGCAUUUCUAGACUUCAGUCAAGACAGAGCAAAGGACAUUUUUGGCCUUUGGCCAAGGAUAUAAUCAAGGCCCCUAUCUCUAAACAUUCUGCGUCAUUUCUAUCUUUUUUAUCAUUCCCUACUGUCUUAGGGUUUCUAUUGAUAUGACAAAACAUCAUGCCAAUACACUGAACACAUGGAGAGUCUGAGUUUGCA